GUCAAAAACGAUUUUCUUACACAAAAAUUUUUACUGAAGAAAGCGCACGGCCUCCAUUCUUUGCAAUGGAGCGUUUUGCAAUAAAAAUUGAUAAAACUCUUCGGGCAAAUCUUUAUAAAAUUUGUCGCCUCUGCGGUAUCGAUAAUCCGGACAAAAUAAAAGUUCGUGACGAUGCGAAUAUUGUUAAUUUAGAAGAUGGAGAACCCGAAUUAUGGAAGAAAGUUUUCGAUUGCAUUGGUCUGAUGAUAACCAAGGAUGACAAAAUGCCACAAUUUAUGUGUACUCUGUGCGUUGACAAGAUCAAUGAUUUUUUCGAGUUUCGCGAAAUGUGCUAUGCUACCGAUGGACAAACUCGCAAGCUUCUUGGAAUCAAAGCAGAACCUAAGAUUAAGGCCCCAGCAAUUGUUCCCUGUUCUUCGGUUGAUCUCAAAUGCGAAGACAUCAAAGAACCCCUUCCAGAAGUAACACCCCUGCGAGCUGGUCGAAAGCGUCGAAAUGCUGAUAUGGAAGUUAUUACAAAGGACAUCAAAAUUGACAUAAAUGAUGAUAUUAAACCAUCCACAACCAAUAUUCCAACCAGUUCCGCCACCAAAAAGAAACGCAUCAAAUUAAGUAACGCCACUGAAACAGAAACUAAAAUCGAACCAGGCACCGGCACAGGCAGGCAACCAAAAAAAGAACCUGCUCCAAGAGUAACACCAAAAUCAGAACCGCUUGGGAAGAUUGCGUUAUCCAAAAAACGCCUCAAAGCUGAACCAAUAGUCAAAGAGAAUAAAAAAGAUACAAGAUCUGCGAAACUAACAAAAAUCAUGAAAAAGAAACUCAAAGUCGAGGUACCAACAGAAGUAUUACUGCCAGAACCAACAAAGAAGAAAAAAGUCGAACUUAUCAAACUGAAAAAACAGCUUGUUGUGAAGGCGGAAAAGCUUAAAAAAGGAAUGUUGGAAACCAAAAUAAAAGAGGAGACACCAAUAACUUCAGAUCCACAACCUGCCCUGGCCCCCGCCGCGUCUUCAAAAAUUAACCCCAAAUUAAAAUUAAAGUGCAUGAUUUGUAGUGAAGCAUUCGUUAACAAACUUAAUCUUGAUAAGCACGUCAAAGCAACCCACAUCCCAACCAUACAGCGAUAUCAUUGUGUCCAAUGUAACGAAACUCUCAAAAAAAAUAUGGAAAUCAAGAAUCACAAUUUGUGGCACAAGCUCUCGAAGACACCGUUUAAAUGUGGAAAAUGUUCUGAGACUUCUUGCAGCAUAUACACCUACACUAAACACAUCAGAGAUUGUAGUCCAAUUGCCUAUCUCGACACCCACAUUCCCGAUUGGCAUUGCCCCGAUUGCAGCGGCAACUAUGAGACCACUUACCUCUUCAAUAUUCAUUCUUGUGUUUCGAAGGGAUUAGUCUGUCCGGGAUGUGAAAAAUCUCUCAAGUGGAAGGAGGACUACUUAAAACACAUUCCAACAUGCGCUGAAGCGUUCCAGCGCAUUCCCCCCUACAUGACAUCAAAUAUUCAAGUCAAAAACGAGGCUGAACUCCCAACAUCACCCAUUCCGCCGCUUAAUACAAUUGCUCUGCCGACGACGACAAUUCCAAGCGUUACAGUACAAUCGACAUCAUCUGCGCGUGUCUGCCCGCCUCAGAUGGACUCAAAUCAGUGCGUGGUUAUUCCAGGCAAUAUUUCUCUGCAUGACGAGGCUGGGUCAUCAUCGCCCUCGAAGAGCAGUCGCAAAGGUAAACGCAUCACAAAGAAGGACUUGAAGCGGUUCGAUAAGCUUCUGAAGAGCACAAUGACAACUUUGGUGAGCAUCAAACACGAGCCAACUCAAGGAGAAGAUCCUUCCCUCGCUGAUGAUGACAAACCUUCUUCGUCAGAGGUGAAGGAUCAAUCUGAACCACCGCCACUAGAAUCGCCUCCUGGGUCCCCGAUGCCGUGCGGUGGUGACGAUUUCCAUCACAAUGGCGAUGACUCUGACAGCGCCGAUGAACAAACCCCCACCAAACCUGUCGGAACAAUCAAACAGGAGAUAAUCGACGAAGGCUACAGAGAUUUGUACAACAACAUCGAGGUAAACAUCAAACAUGAAAUAGAUGUGAACAAAACUACCGAGGAAGAGGCGACGCAUAAAAAGACAGAUGAAGAUUCAACAUCCCCACUUGCACCCAAGCCAAUUCUCAAGCUCAAGAUAACCAAAGAGCAUGGGACACUGAACUCGAUUCUCAUGGAUUCACCGAAAAGUGAGAAAAAGAAGAAGAAGAAAAAGCGGAAGGAAGACCGAAAUAAGUCGCCUGAAAAGGACGAACGAAGUAGUGCGGCUAAUGAUACUUCCGCGACGGCAGCAGUUACGGUUAAUAAUGAAGUUCCAGUUGAGAUCAACCUUCCAGAAAAUGAACAUCUUGCACUUGUUUCGAAUAAUCCAGUUGUUUCGGAAGUGGCUGACGAGGAGCCACCAAUGCCAUUACCAGAAAUAAUCAACAUUAAAAAAGAAAUAAACAUACCCGAAGAAGAUGAAGGAGAGAAGAAAGAGGAUCAGGAGGCAUCUAGUCAAAAUACUCCAAGUAUUAUUGCAGCAACGAGUGGUUCCUUGCAGAUAUCAUGUGUUUCCGAGGGUGUAAUAUUUACUAGAUCUGAUGAAACCGAAGAAUCAAUGCCACAAGAAACACCAUAUUCUUCUGAAGAACAUGUAAACUUGACACCUGAGGAACCGCCUGCUGAUUGGGUGGAACCAAUUCCUUCCAUGGAGUUGUCUCUUUCAUCAAAAGAAUUUACUUCUUUACCUCUUGUUGAUGGUGCUUCUUCUCUUGUUGAAUAUCCUACCACUCAAGAAACUGAAGAAGAAGAAAUUGAUAUUAAGCCACGUUUAGAAGACCUCAUACCCAUGCUACAAAUAGCCAGUGUGACUUCGGGAGCAGAAGUCGUGGAAAAGCCUAUUCGGAAACCAGUGAAGAGGAAGCGACGGCAACCAACUGCUCCCAAAUCAAACCCAGUGCCGAAAAUUGUGUCCGUUUCCAGUGGUAAUGAGGUUGCUUCUUAUCAUCCUCAAUCUGAUGUCUCGUCAGCAGACGAGGCUGGCGAAGAUUUCAGCAAGAAGAGAGCUGAGAAUAAUGAGAAUAACUUUGACUUUAGUCAAGUGAGCAUCAAAGAGGAAAUCGUUGAUCCUGCGUAUGAAGAACAUCAAGAGGAAAGAGAGGAGAACGAAGUGGAAGAAGAUAUAGCAGAAGAUGAUGAAGAUGAAGAAGAAAAAGAGGAGGACGAAGAAGAAGAAGAAGCUGAGAAGGAUAAUGAAGAAGCUGAGAAGAAUGAAGAAGAAGAAGCUGAGAAGAAUGAAGAAGAAGAAGCUGAAGUUGAAGCUGAAGAACAACAAGAAGUAGAAGAAGAUGUACAGAUGGAAUCAGUAAUUUCGAAGAAACAAGCUGAAGAGAAUGCGUACAUUGCCAAUAUCGAUUUCAAUAAUCUGACCAUUAAACAAGAAAAGGAGUACAUUGAUGAUGGUUUAGAGAAUUCUGUUUAUGAAGAACUUGAAGACAAUGAGGAAGACGAAGAAGAAGAAGACGACGAUGAAGAUGAAGAGUGCAGUGACAACGAUUCAGAAGAGGUUAGCAGUGAUGAUGAUUCCAACAAGAGUGAUUCUGAAUCUGAACGGGAAUAUCGUGAUUUACCUUCAGAUGACGAACAACAGGUGGCAACAACAAUUGCCGUUGUCAAGGAGAAGGAAACACCACCAACUUCCCAGCCACAAUUGGGCUUACAAAUUCUCACAGUUCACAGUGAGUUUAAUUGUCCUCAAACAAGUAAAAAGACUGAAUCAGAAGAAAAGAGUUCUGAUGACAAAUUGAGUUUAAAUUCAACCACCACCGAGCUUCUGGAAACUGAGAAAAAAGUUAUUGAUUUGAAUGAGUGCCAAUCAAAACCAGAAAGUUUUGGCAUCACGAAAAAUGAAAAUCUUACUGAAGGUCUUAUGGAAGUUGAUUGCGAACUUCAGACAACAUCAAAUUUAAAGGAUUUGAAAACAACGAGUGAAACUGAAAAGUCGAUAAUUUAUGGAGAAUCUCCCCAGCCUCCUCGAAUUGAAUUAACUUGCGUUGAAAGUACAGAUCAAACUUUAAUUUCCUGCCCGAACAAUUUAGACACUUUCGACAAAGAGGAUGAGAGAAAUAAAACGUAUGUUACAGAAACUAAUCUAGAAUCUCAAAAAUCGACAGAGUUAAAGAUCCUAAACGAACCAUCUUCUUGUGGGACAAAUUUGGAAAGCACUAAUUUAGCCAAAGUCUGUGAUGAUUUAGAAAAUAAAGUGAAUGAACCUAAUCCAUGCUCUUACAAUGAAGAACCUGCGCUGCUAUCUCAAGAAGAAGUUCCCAUGGAAAUGAAUAGUCAAGAAACUGCAAUGACAAAUGAUCUAGAUCGAGGCUUAUACCCUGAAGUUUCAAAUGCCAGCUCUACGAGUGGGUUAGAAUCCCUAGGAGUUAUGGCUUCGACAGACACUGAAAUACAAAGUGUUAACAAUGAUCAAGCUACUAGUGAUGUUCUUAUGAUCGGUUCUAAUAAUCCCUUCCAGUCAAUUGGUGAAGUUUUUGACGUAGAAACAGCAGCGAUUCAAAAUGCAAACGCCUACCAAGACACUGAAGUGAAAGAAAGCGGAAAGUUGCCUAAUUUUUCCCAACUCACAGGAGCUGGAUUAUGCCCGUCACAAGAGUAUUGUCCGGUGGGUUUAGUUGAAGCAGACAUCAGCUGUCCAACUCCAGAAACAGCUGCAGCAGGAGAAAAUCUAUGUGAACUCCAACCAUUGAAUGAUGUGCAACUCAACUCUCCAGUUAUUUCCACACCAGUACACGCUUUAAUAGAUUCUCAUCUACCUGGAGCUCUCAAUAGCUAUUCCUCCAUUGAUGAUCACAUAAGUUAUAAAGGCGAUAUGGGGCCUCCACAAAACCCUCUCCCAACAAAUCUGAGUGCACCAACAAAUCACACUCCAAAUGCAUUUGAAAAUACCACAACUCUUCUUGAUUUAGGACAUUCUCUUGGCAAUUCUAUUCCAAACAUGGAACCCUCAUAUAACCACCAUGACACACAAGAAGUCACUCCAAAUUCGCAGCUUACAAGUGAAUCUGGGUUUAACAUUCUGCCUCCGUCGCAUCCGCCGACAUCCCCGAUGGAAUUUCAACAAUUUAGCACCCCAGGUUCAAGUUAUACGACGACGGCGGCGGCGGUGGCGUACAAUUGCACCAGCGAUCCAUCUAAUUACACCGACUAUCUCAGUCCACCAACUGCUGGACAGUUACAAACUUCCCUAGUCCAACAACCAGUCGUUGUGCACGAAUCACCUGAAAUGUCAUCCACGUCUCUGACUAACUUGUCCGUGCUUAGCGAAGAAGUCCAGAAUCUCCUUAACGAAGAUGCAGUUGCGGUUAACAAUUUUGAAUUCAACGAAAGCGUCUUAAGAUCACGAUCUGCUGCUAUAGCUCCACCUCCCAACUCCAAUCCCAAUCCAGAUCCUGUGCCCAUAUUCAAUGAUUUCGAGAACUUAAAUGAAAUUGCUGAAAACAAUAACAAUGCGAAUAUCGAGAGGGAAUUGCAGGAUGAGUUGGGGAAUGUUUUGGCUGAUGCCAUUGCCGAUCGAUCAAAUGAUGACGUUGUUGACGAUAAUAACGCUAUGAAUGAAAAUCGUGCUAAUUUUGAUAUCACAUAAGAAUAAUAUAUAAACGUACCGUGCAUACAUAAGUUUAAGUUUAGUGCCAGGCAGAAAAAUCCUUUUAGUUUUAAUUUUGUAGUGCAUAUAGAAAAGUCUCUUUAAACAAACAACAAACACAACAAAAUCUCAUAAUAGUUGCUAUAUAUUUUUGUUUAAUUUUUUAUUUUAUUAUUAUUUUAUUUUGUAGAAUUUUAUUGCUUUCGUUUUAAUUGUUUUCUUUUCCUUUUUUGUUUGUAUUAAAUGUUUAUGCAUAGCAUACCACAGCAUAUAUAUUUCACACAAAAGAAAAAUAAUUAAAAUAACAAAAAGAAAUAAAUGAUAAAUACAUUAAUCCAUUUAUAAUACAUUAUAAUUGUAAAAGCAUUUAGUGUUUUAAGAUGUAAAAGUAUUCAAUUUUAUAUUUCAAAUUAGUUUCAUUUUUAAA